UCCCCGUCAGUCACUCGCCAGGCUUGAACACGGGUCGUGCUUGUGAAGAAAGGUCCACCCGGUCACUAUGCUGACAACUCUGGCUGCGCUUUCAAGGAUCUGGAGAUGGGAUCGACUAACGACGAGGAAAACUCCACCCAGCAGAUAGGAUCUUGGGCAGGCAGAGCGGAGGGGAGUUUGCGCUGAAAGAGCUGGGGCUGGUCGGACGGGACGCUUGAUACAAGUCCUGCAGAAAACUUCAGAGGGAGCAAAGUCCAGCCCGGGCGAGAGGGUGAUAGGGUGGAACUUGCAAGCGCGCUGGGAACUAAAUCACAUGUGAUUUAGAAAUGCUCCAAAGAUGGCGGUGGUAGUAGCGACUGGAGUCCCGAUUGGCUCUGGAGUGCAAAAAAGUGGAUUUGUGGAGGUUUUGGUGCGAGAGCGGUGGCACAAAGUUUUGGUCAACUUGAACGAGGAAGCGCUCACGUUAAGCUGUGAGAGUAACGUUAACGAGAGUGCCAACGAUAAUCCUAACUCCAACGGCGUUAGCAACGGAUCUUACCAUGACAACAGUAAUACUAACUCCAACAAUGGCCCCCAAACUGUGCGCACCGCGUUCACGGACCUCCCGGAGCGAGUACCCGAAGCGAUCGCCAACAGAAAGCGGUGCGUCAAGGUGACCAAGCAGGAAGUUGGGGGACUCGGAAUUAGCAUCAAAGGAGGGAAGGAGAAUAAGAUGCCCAUCCUCAUAAGUAAAAUUUUCAAGGGGCUCGCAGCGGACCAGACCCAGUCCCUGUAUGUGGGGGACGCUAUCCUGUCCGUGAACGGUAUGAACCUGCGGGACGCGACCCACGAUGAGGCUGUGCAGGCGCUGAAACGAGCUGGGAAAGAGGUGACUCUGGAAGUCAAGUACAUGCGUGAGGCCACACCGUAUGUCAAAAAGGGCUCUCCCGUGUCAGAGAUCGGCUGGGAGACGCCUCCUCCUGAAUCUCCCCGUCUUGGCAGCCCUCCCAUCACCUCCUCCUCACCUGAAACUCCAAGCCCUACUAUUCAGCACUCCUUGUCUCUGAACGGUGACAGGAGGUGCAUACCACUGAAGAUGUGUUAUGUAACCCGAGCCAUGACCACACCAGACCCCGAGAACAGACAACUAGAGCUACACUCACCUGAUGUCAGGCACACUUUGGUACUACGUUGCCCAGACCAACCAUCUGCCCUGUCCUGGUUCUCCGCCAUACACUCUGUGACAUCAACACUGGCACAGCGGGUGAUGCAAGAGGUCAUCCAGAACACAGCCAGGACAGGAGUUGCUGGCAGCAAAGAGAUACGACACCUGGGAUGGCUUGCAGGCAAGACAGAGAGCGAGAAGCAGUGCUGGAAGCCGGUACUUGUGAUGGUGACAGAAAAGGACCUCCUGCUCUAUGACUGUUUAUCACGAGGCCAGGAAGCCUGGCAGAGCCCUGCACACACCUACCCACUUUUAGCAACACGUCUGGUCCACUCAGGCCCUGACCGGGGUUCACCUCACUCUGGCACGGAGCUGUUCUUUGCCACUCGGACUGGCACACGACUUGGCAUUGAGACUCACCUGUUCCGGACUGAAACCACCAAGGAUCUGUCCAUGUGGACCAGACACAUUGUAAAUGGAUGUCAUGCAUCAGCUGAGAUGAUCAAAGAAGUCUCUACAAGUUGCCUGUACCGGGGUCAGGAGUGCCGGCUCGUGAUCCACUAUGAGCAGGGCUUCUCUGUGCUGGCUGAUCCAAAAGCAGAAGAUGGGGAGGACUUUGAGGAGAGAGUGGCUCACACUUCUUGCAAGCCCCAAGUUGUCCUCUCGUACCCCUUUGAAAAACUAAAGAUGUCCUCAGAUGACGGCGUACGCAUGCUCUUCCUCGACUUUGGGGGGAAGGAAGGGGAAAUUCAAUUGGACCUCCACUCAUGUCCAAAGCCGAUUGUCUUCAUCCUCCACUCCUUCCUGUCUGCUAAAAUCUCCCGCCUGGGUCUGGUGGCUUGACGGUAUCUCCAUAAAGGGGCAUUUCACCUCCUUUGAAAGCAGAACUCCACCUUGUGUGUCCACCUAUCUGCAGCCUGCAUGCAGUAAAACCACCUCAAACUCUUUCAGUCCGGAAACCCGAGCUGAGUGAAUGUAGCCUCUAUCUGGAAAUAGAACUUUUUUUGGGGUCUCCAACUAUAUGUUUAAAAAAAAAAUUAAGAAAGUGAUCAAAGUAAAAAUGUGCUCUUGAUAGAAACAUUUUCUAUAAGGGCAGCAUGGACUGAAAUGUUGAAUGAAGAAACAAAGUGGAAAGUUGGGAUUGGGGAAGGAUGAUAUAAGGACACACGGAAAGGAGCAGAUCGGGCAUUACUGUCACGUUCGGAUUUGGAAGUACUGUCCACGUGUAGCAGGGCUGGGAUGAAUUCACUUUCAAUUCAAUCAAAAUAUAAGGCAAACUGCCUUCCAUUUACCAAUUAAAUAAUUUAUUUACCAUUAGCUCUGAAAGGACAUUCUGAAUUUCGCUUGUCAUUUUUCUUCCACAAACACUUGACACACUGUGGAAAAACUUUGCGCAUUUGUCUUUAUUAGCGUCCCCCGAGAUGGCUUGCUAGCAGUGUCAGCAUUCAUCAUCGAAGCUAGACGGCACAGUCCGCGGCUCGGAUUCACGCAGUGUGACAGCACAUUCAAAUUUUAAAAAGUCAGUUCUUUUAACACACCGAACGUGGUAAGCCUCUGGUGGCCCGGUAUUUGAGCUGACAGUGACCUGACAAUUAAAAUAGCAUUACCAUGCGUACAUGGAGUUUUACAUUCAGGAUGUAAGGAUCCAUGUGAUUAAAUUAUCCCUGAUAGUACAACAACUAAACAAGACAUCUAGAGUACUUUAGGUAACUAUGCUAUGCUUGCUGAGACAUAACUGCUUUAAGCACUUGUGACUACUUUAUUAGGAACUACUAAUGCAUUCUAAUACAAAAGCAGUGCCAGAAAUUUUCAGGUUCUGUGCCUAACAUUUUGACCCCUCAUGUUUGCGAAUGAGUUGGACAAAAUUUUAGGAAGCACUUUUCAGUCUAAACUAAAUGUCAUGGAACGCUGUGGCAGGCAGGAUUGAGGACCCCAAUAUGCAGGACACGCCAGACACAGACUUGAACUUAAAUAACUCAGUUUUAUUGCCGAAACUCAAAAAAUACAUACAUGAAUGAGGGCUAGAACAGAGAGGCACACAGCAGGAAAACUAUGAAGACGACACAACCACAAGCAAAGCAAACACAGGACUUACAUACACAGCAGGGCUGAUAGGGGGAGCGGAAACAGCUGGGAACACAGGUGAACCAUAUAACACUAACGACAAGGGGGAAGCAAAACAGAACCUCACACGCAGGGACCAGAAGACUAUCAAAAUAAAACAGGAAUUAACCAUGACACAAAGAUGCAGACUAGAUACAAGAGGAGGCAGGCAAACCGGGAAUACCAAAACAUAGCUAAACUAUGAAGAUCCGGAGACACACAGCAAAACCUAAUAACACAACCUCAUCGUAGGAAAAGAACAACACAAAAUGUUGGGCCAUGACACCAAAAGUCAUAAUGUGUGUAAAGACUACAUAUUAAAUGUUCCCCAAAAAAUAAAAUUUAAUGCAAGAAUUUGCACCAGUAGUCACAGGUUUCUUAUCAGUAACUAAAUGUUUACUUAUCAAAACAUUGAUAUUGCGUUUUCUGAGGAGCAUUCCAGCACAGCAUGAACAGCUAGCCUUGCAAAUAACAUCUGAGAAAACAAUUUUUCAACAAACUCGUGGUAAAAGUGACUUAGUAUGAAAUAACUGCAGCUAAAUAUUAGACAGAAUUAGACUGGCAUGUGACCCCUGUAAAAUAAUAACUGAAUGUUUUCACACAAUAAAUGCAUGCUUUAAUGUGUUAAUAAGUCAGCUUGAGAACCUUUGGACAGAUCCAAGUUAGCUGUUUCCUCUUUCCAGUCUAAGCUGCGUUCUGUGGCCUUAGUUUAAAUGACCAAGUUGUUCUUCUCAUUUAAAUCUCUUCAACAAACUGAGUCAGCAUACCUCAAAAAAAAAAAAAAUUGAAAGUAUCUCACUAAGAGUAUCCGCUCUGAUCAGACAUGAUGAUGCUGUUCACUCCUUUCAUCUUCAUUUCAGGUCCAACAGUUUCCCAGCUCACAUUGCUCUAGAUCACAUUUUGCCUGUUUGACUUAAAACUGCAACCCCACAAAAAAAAAAAAAAAAAAUACCUGCCCUGUGUAAUUCUAGUGAUUCUCAGUAUUCGUGUUGAAACUAAAGUUCAAUGAAACGUUGCCCCAAACCUCCCAUCAAGUAUUGUUUGUCAAAAACAAAACCAAACAAAACAGAGUAGCCAUGAUGGUCUUUAAUCCUGCUUUAGUCCUGCAGCCGCCAUGCAGCUCAUUAUUCUUUUAGAUGUCGUGCAGCAGAUCAGAGCUGUAUGCUGCUCCGUCUCUAACAGGGCUGGCUGCCGGGUCUUUUUUUUUCGUGCCUUUAAACGUCUGAAGAAAGUAAAUAUUUGAAUUGUAAAAGAAGUGAAUCAAAGAUCACAGGCUGAGAGCGACUUUUAUGAUGGCUGCGUAAGUUACAAAUGUGGUAUUUUUGUGUUUGCAUUCUUUAUAUUAUAAACACACUGAAAUACUUCCAUUGGUCAUUUACACACACACACACACACACACACACACACACACACACACACACACACACACACACACACAGAGUGAUUGUAAUCCUACUACACUGUAGAAGAAAUCUCUGUUGUACUGAUAGUAAAAGAUAGUGGAGACACUGUAACACCUCGGUAAUCCAGCACUUAACUGAUAAUGCCAAGCGGAGAGAAGCUCUUUGACUAAAGGAUGCUUUGAUAUGUAGAAUACUCCAAUGCCUUCGGCAGCUACUGUACUGUCACUCAGAAUGAAAAAGCUUAGUUUUCAAUUCAAACUGUGCACAUAAAUCAUGUAUUUAAUAACAGUGAUGUGAUGAGUUUGUUUUUAUUGUCUUCCUUUGUGAUUUAUUCAUUGCUCACUAACGUAAAGGACAAAUCAACA